AUGAGACUCAUCAACAUCAACAAGGACAAGGACGAGGGCCCGAAACUCGAAGACUUCACCUUCCGCAUGCAUAAGCGGCCUGACUAUUCACAAGCUUUCUCGCUCAUAUACUGCGACACAGGGCUUUCACAAGACGAUCAUGGCGGAGACGUUACUUUCACAGAAUUCAACGAUUCGAAGGAUAAACUCAAACAAGCAGCUGCAAUCGAGGAUCGUGAAAAACGAAAAGAUGAGAUCGAGAAGCUUGGUCUACGAACAGCUGCAUUUGAUAAGCUUCUUCAGGCUAUAAAAUUAGCCAGCGACGAGGGAGCGACCCAUAUCUGGAUUGACAGUUGUUGUAUCAAUCGCGAUAAUAGUAGCGAGCUGACUGAAGCAUUGAACUCAAUGUACCGAUACUAUGAAGAAGCGACUAAAUGCUUGGUUUAUCUGCAUGAUUUUGAGGGGCCUUCGAAGCCGCAUGACAAGAAGGUCUCUGUGGAGUCAUAUGACUUCUCCAAGUCGGAAUGGUUCACGAGAGGAUGGACGCUUCAAGAACUCAUCGCCCCGAAGGAAGUCAUCUUUUACAACCACAAUUGGCAUUCUUUUGGUAGACGCUCUGAGAAGGCCGUCGCAAAGGCUAUUUGCAAGAUCACCAAGAUACCAGAGGAGGUUUUGAAUGGGAAAGCUCAGCCUUACGAAUACUCAGUGGCACAGAGAACGUCAUGGGCCGCCAAUCGAAAUACCACACGCGGCGAAGACAAGUGUUACAGUCUUUUUGGACUCUUCGAUGUCAAUCUUACGCUUAUAUACGGGGAAGGCGCUCAGAAAGCUUUCCUUCGGCUCCAAGAAGCGAUUAUGAGCAGCACGAACGACAUGUCGCUUUUUGCAUGGGAAUCGACCGACACUGAGGAGGAGUAUCGUGGUGCUCUGGCCCGCUCGCCGCAAGAGUUCAGGCACGCGGGGGAACUGGUUCACAGAAGAUUUCUAGGCCCUAAUCCCGAAUUCUCUAUGACAAACAGAGGUCUCAAGAUCAUGCCCUUGCUUUCCAAGAGGCUAGAUGGAACUUAUUUUCUGCCAUUAAACUGUGCUAAAACUAAAGAAGACUCCGAGCAGUCACUCGGUAUUAUCCUCUCCAAACAGAGCGAGAACGAUGAGCAGCUCUAUCGAUACAAGCCGGGAGAUCUUUCCUUCUUCGACCGGGCUAUCUUUACGCAGGAUUACGAAUUUUGGCUUAAACAAAACGAAACACCGAUCUACAUUGUCCGAGAUGAGCGGUAUCUAAAGAAUACUUCCAGAGAGAGUUCACCAUCGGAACAUUCGCGUGAGAGAGAGUCGCGCGGCAAUUCAACCUCGGGAAUGGCUGCUGACGAUAGCGACAAGGCCAAGCUCACAAAACUUGUUUCGAAAAGGACAUCAUCACUGGUAGGAAAGUCCAAGAAACAGGCCCUAUCAACCAGCACUCGAAAGUCGAAAGCGAAGAGGUCUGGCGGCUCAGUUCCCAGCAACAACACACUUGAACCUGUGGAAGCUGGUCUGACCUCCGCAGCAAUGUUAGCGCCAACAUUGCAGACGGGAUACCGAAACUGA